AUGGCCAAAUAUUGUAAAAAUGAUCAUCCUGGGGAAGUAAGUAAGAAGUUUGAAGACUCCAGGACCUGGAUCCAGAUGCUCAAGGGUAGGGAAGAUAUUGAAAAAUUUCUCAUUUGGGAGCUGGUCCAUGGAGAGAUCAACUUCUGGAAGGACAAAUGGUGCCCUACUAAUCACUUGGAGCCUCUGCAGAAUGAAAAAGAGGAGGAUUUACUUGCUAAAGACUGUUGGAGUGGAAAUGAGUGGUCUGAGGAUGCCUUGAAUAACAUUCUGAAGGACUCAUCUGCGAGAAGCAUUUCAAAAAUCCACUUUGAUAGAAAUAAAAAAGACCAGAUUCAACUUAUUAAAAGGACCAGGUCUAGCCUAUCAAAGGACAUCCAGAAUAGCUUAUUCAUAUGGGAAAACUGCCAGCGGAAUAUUUGCACUUGCCAAAAAUUCUUAACUCCUUCAAUAUUGUUCUUUUCUUGGAGAGUGCUAAAUGAUUUAAUUCCAGCUGAUGACAUACUAAAACUGAAAGGAUUGAAAGGCCCCUUAAGAUGUCACCUUUGUAAAAAUGAUCAAGAAUCCAGUGAUCAUCUCUUCUUUAGAUGCAGAUUUGCUAGGGAUGUAUGGAAAAAGUUGACCUUUAACAUUAACCUCAAUCUGAUUAAUGUUGGCUGGGGAAACAUCAAAGACAGUUUAAAAGACUGGCAAGCAGUAAACCUAAUGUCUCCUUCCUUCAUUAUUGCCUGGUUUAUUUGGAAUGCUAGGAACAAAGUGAAGCAUGAGGACAUUGGAACUAACACUGACUCUGUGGUGUCUAAUUGUCAGGCCUACUUACAUAAGCUGAUUAGUUGGAAGAAGUUCCAAAAGAUUUUGAAGGACCUGCCUAAUAUUGAACUGAAACAGCUUAAGGUAAUCAAGGUUAGAUGGGAGAAGCCUCGUCACCCAUUCAUUAAAAUAAACACUGAUGGAAGUUUCACCAACAAGAAAGCUUGUAUUGGAGGGAUCUUUAGAGAUCACACUGGUAAAGCUUUGCUUUAUUUCAAGGCCCCCUAUAUUGCUCCAGAUGCCCUGAAAACAAGCUGUUGCACUUUACUGGGCCCUUAA